AUGUCAAGCACAACUCUCCAGAAUGACUGCAUGUCAAGCACAACUCUCCAGAAUGACUGCAUGUCAAGCACAACUCUCCAGGAUGACUGCAUGUCAAGCACAACUCUCCAGGAUGACUGCAUGUCAAGCACAACUCUCCAGGAUGACUGCAUGUCAAGCACAACUCUCCAGAAUGACUGCAUGUCAAGCACAACUCUCCAGAAUGACUGCAUGUCAAGCACAACUCUCCAGGAUGACUGCAUGUCAAGCACAACUCUCCAGAAUGACUGCAUGUCAAGCACAACUCUCCAGGAUGACUGCAUGUCAAGCACAACUCUCCAGAAUGAAUGCAUGUCAAGCACAACUCUCCAGAAUGACUGCAUGUCAAGCACAACUCUCCAGAAUGACUGCAUGUCAAGCACAACUCUCCAGAAUGACUGCAUGUCAAGCACAACUCUCCAGAAUGACUGCAUGUCAAGCACAACUCUCCAGGAUGACUGCAUGUCAAGCACAACUCUCCAGGAUGACUGCAUGUCAAGCACAACUCUCCAGAAUGACUGCAUGUCAAGCACAACUCUCCAGAAUGACUGCAUGUCAAGCACAACUCUCCAGAAUGACUGCAUGUCAAGCACAACUCUCCAGGAUGACUGCAUGUCAAGCACAACUCUCCAGAAUGACUGCAUGUCAAGCACAACUCUCCAGAAUGACUGCAUGUCAAGCACAACUCUCCAGAAUGACUGCAUGUCAAGCACAACUCUCCAGGAUGACUGCAUGUCAAGCACAACUCUCCAGAAUGACUGCAUGUCAAGCACAACUCUCCAGAAUGACUGCAUGUCAAGCACAACUCUCCAGAAUGACUGCAUGUCAAGCACAACUCUCCAGGAUGACUGCAUGUCAAGCACAACUCUCCAGAAUGACUGCAUGUCAAGCACAACUCUCCAGAAUGACUGCAUGUCAAGCACAACUCUAACAUCGCCACCGCUACUGUCCCUGGUGAACACAGAGGAGGAGGCGAGCAAGUAUUGGUUUUAG